AUGGGGAGUUUUUGGGUGCUUGUCGCCCGUCUUCUUGGGGUCACGACUCUAUCAACCUAUGAGGGACUGGACCGCUCUCAAUCACCUUUGCAGCUCACAGAUUCACAUUCGCACGUUGAGACCAGCUUGGUACCUACCGCAGCCAAAGAUCCUCUCCACUUCAGACCACCAGGCCACCGACAAGACAAAGGUAAUGGUUUCGACUUCAAAUGCGACUACCGCAAGAUGGUAGGAUGGGAAAAAUGCUCGACUCCUGAAGAUCGCUCAUGCUGGCUCGUCAACAAGAAGACAGGAGAAAGAUUCGACAUCAACAGCGACUAUGAGAAUUAUUAUCCAACCGGUAAAACACGCGAGUACUUCAUCACUGUCGACAAGUCGAACAUCACCGCCGACGGCUACACAUUUUAUGGAGCGACAGUCUUCAAUGAAACUUACCCAGGGCCUUGGAUCCAAGCAUGCUAGGGCGAUACUGUCAAGGUCCAUGUCCGUAAUCUCAAUCCGGACCGCGGCACCAGCAUUCAUUGGCACGGCAUUAGGCAGCUCAACACCAUGCACAUGGACGGUGUGAAUGGAAUCACCCAGUGCCCCAUCGCACCAGGGAGCACUUUCACCUAUGAGUGGAAGGCGGCAGACAUCCCGCUCCUGAUGACAGACUGGAGACAUGGCAGCCUAUUUCCAGUUGGAAACAUGCUCAAGGAAAGAUGGAUCCAGAGCAUCUUGCUGAACGGGAUCGGGAACGUGACCAAAUUUGGGGCAAGGAAAGUUCAAAACACGAGUAAGAUUCCGAAACCUUACACUCUUACGUUCACAGCGGACAAAGUGUAUGAGGAUGAGCCGUCCGAGCUCGAGGUUCCGAACUCACGUCCCAAACGAUACCUGCUGCGACUCAUCAACACCUCGAUUGGAUCCACCUUUAUCUUCUCCAUCGACAACCACCUGCUUUCCAUUGUCAGUGCUGACUUUGUUCCCAUUUACCCCUACCUCAACUCGUCGAUUCUGGUUGGAAUCGGUCAACGAUACAAUGUUAUUGUCGAAGCAAAUCCAAGGAACAACACCAAACAGCCCCUUGACAGCAACGGAAACUACUGGAUCAGAACGUGGGUCACCCCGGACUGCGGUGCUGGUGUGGCCAUCAACAAGGACAGCAAGGAGACAUACAUGCAAACGGGAAUUCUGCGUUACAACAAGAGCAGUACGGAGGAUCCAGAAUCAAAACCAUGGGCAGAUAUUUCCAUGGCCUGCUCGGAUGAGACUGCCACCAGCUUGAGGCCCGUGCUGCCCUGGGUUGUUGAGGAUCCGAUCAAUGUCAUGUCAACAGAAAGCAAGAUUCAGCACAUGGCCGUGAUCAGCGGCCCACCGGCUGAUCCGAUUCCGAGUUUCCCCCAGGCCUCCUAUUCUUUCAGAAACGUAUCAGGGGGUAUCAAUGGCCCCAAUCCACUCCAGAUCAACUUCAGCGACCCAGUGUUCCUCAACCUGGACAACGACGAGCCAUUCAAGAACAAGCUCUGGGAAAUCUACCCCGAAGGCCGCCCCAACCAAACCGACUGGGUAUGGCUAGCCAUCACCGUGGACUAUUCUCCUUAUGGAGAUGCCAGUGCCCAUCCGAUCCACCUGCACGGACAUGACUUUGCCAUCCUCCAACAGGCCGAAAAAACCACCUACGUCCCUGAGAACAUCCAUCUGAACCUCAUCAACCCGCCUCGUCGUGAUGUGGUGCUGAUGCCUAAGAGCGGCUUCAUUAUCAUUGCCUUCAAGGCUGACAACCCGGGCGCGUGGCUCCUUCAUUGCCAUAUCGCCAGUCAUGCCUCCCAAGGUCUGGCCCUGCAGAUUCUGGAACGUCAGGCCGAUGCUGCUGCCAUGUGGCCGAAGGCGAGUCCCGCUGCGCAGACUGCCGCUACGCUGUGCAGCAGUUGGGACUCUUGGGUUGCUGCGUCUUACACGUCCACGCCGACGCCUUUGCCUGAUGAUUCCGGAAUUUGA